AUGCUAAUUUCAGGACCAAAACAACUAGGGGAUGACAUAGGCAUAUACUUAGCACCACUAAUUGAAGAUUUAAAACUUUUAUGGGAAAGUGGUGUUGAAUGUUAUGAUGCUUAUCGAGAAGAACCAUUCAACUUAAGGUCAGUUUUGUUGUGGACAAUCAAUGAUUUUCCUGCAUAUGGUAACCUUAGUGGAUGUUGUGUGAAAGGGUAUAAAGCAUGCCCAAUUUGUGGAGAUAAUACAAAUUCUAUAAGGUUAAAGUAUGGGAAGAAAAUGGCAUACCUUGGACAUCGUAGAUUUUUGGCACGAAAUCAUCCGUAUCGACGACAAAAGAAGUCAUUCAAUGGUAAAAAAGAACUUGAUACAAUUCCAGAGCCACUUUCUGGGGAGGAUGUGUAUUUAAAAUUGAAAGAUCUUGAAUUUUCUAGAGGGAAGAAGAACCAUAAGAAACGAUUGAUGAACAGAAGUGACAAAAUUUGUUGGAAUAGAUUAUCUUCUUUUUUUGAGUUGCCAUACUGGAAGGAUCUUCAUGUUAGACAUUGUUUAGAUGUGAUGCACAUUGAAAAAAAUGUUUGCAUGAAUAUCUUAGGUACACUUCUUGAUAUUCCUGGGAAAAGUAAGGAUGGAUUGAAUGCUAGACGCGAUUUAGUUGAUCUAAAACUUCGACCAGAGCUUGCCCCUAUCAGUAGUGAAAAGAAAAUAUUCAUUCCGCCCGCGUGUUAUACUCUUACAAAGGAUGAAAAACGAUGUGUUUUGAAGACUUUGUCUGAAAUAAAGGUUCCUGAAGGUUACUCUUCCAAUAUUAGAAACCUUGUGUCAAUGACAGAUUUAAAACUUAAUAGUUUAAAAUCUCAUGAUUGUCAUGUGCUCAUACAACAGUUGUUUCCCAUUGCGAUAAGAUCAGUGCUACCGAAACAUGUUCGUUAUGCUAUAACUAGGUUGUGCGUCUUUUUCAAUUCUGUAUGCAACAAGGUAUUAGACGUACAACAACUAGACAAGUUGGAAGAAGAUAUUGUGGUAACAUUGUGUUUGUUUGAAAAGUAUUUUCCCCCUUCAUUCUUCACAAUCAUGAUUCAUCUCACAGUACACAUAGUUAGAGAAGUCAAACUUUGUGGCCCUAUAUAUCUUCGAUGGAUGUAUCCCUUUGAAAGAUUCAUGAAGGUCAUUAAAAACUCUGUGAGGAAUAGAUAUCGUCCAGAAGGUUGUAUUGCUGAAAGUUAUUUAAUAGAAGAAGCUGUUGAAUUUUGUACUGAUUUCUUAUCUGGAGUAGAUCCCAUUGGACUUGGGACUCGCAAGUCACAAGACCAUUUAGAUACUUCAAACAUUGGUAGACCAUUGUCCAUGGGAGUUCCUUUCAAACCUCAACAAGAACUUCUACAUCAAGCUCAUCAAUAUGUUUUGGAAAAUACAGUCGAUGUCCAACCAUAUACAGAGUAA